AUGACCGACACAGGACACAGAGACACGGACAAGGAAGGACACGGACAGAAAGAAGGACACGAGACGACACAAGACACGAUGGACAAGGACAACGACACAGAACAAGGAGGACACAAGGAGGACGGACAAGACACACGAAGGACGGAGACACACAGGAUGGAGGACACACAGGACGGACGACACAGGACGGAGGUGACACGAAGAGGACGGACGACACACAAGGACACACAGGACACAGAACAUGGACGGAGACGGACACAGAAAGAGGAUGGACGGACACAAGGACACAGACACAUGGAUGACAAGGACACAGAAGGACGACAUGGAGGAGACACAGGGACACGAGACAAGGAGGGAAGGACACUGACACAGGACAAGGAGGACACACAGAAAGGACAGACACACAAGGACGGAGACACAUGGAGAGUGGACACAGAAGGAAGGAUGGACGGAGACACACAGAAGGACAGACACACAGAAGAGGACACGGACAUGGAUGGACACACAGAAGGACAAGGAGACACACAUGGACGGACACAGAAGGAGACACACAGGAUGACACACAGACACACAAGGAGGAAGACACAGGAUGGAGGGACGGACACACAGGAGACACAGAAGGACGACACAGAAGACACAGGAGACACAGAAGAGAGGACACGACAGAGGACACAGGAGGACACAGGACACACAAGGACGAGAGACACAGAAGGAUGA